CUGGCGGCCGGCUUGGCGCCCGCCCUGGUGGAUGGCAAGCGCCGGGUGCGCCAUGCUGCCCUGGAGGCCUUCGCCGUGCUGGCCUCGGCCAUGGGGCCGGGCAACGCCGAGCUCCUCUUCAAGGCGGUGGAUGCCGUGGAGCUGCAGGAGGACGGGGACGGCGUGAUGAAUGCCGUGCAGGCCCGGCUGGCCAGGAAGACCUUGCCCAAGCUGACGGAGCAGGGGUUCGUGGAGUACGCGGUGCCCCUGCCGUCCUCGGCCCACGGGCGGGGAUCCCACCUGCCCCCCGGCGCUGACACGGAUUGGUUGUUGGCAGGCAACAGGACUCAGAGCGCGCACAGUUACUGUGGGGAUUGCACGAGGGGGGAGGCGGCGCCGAACUUGGGCGCGCACGGCCCGUACGCUGAUCAGGGGAUGUGUCCCCGAAGAGUAUUAAGUGCAGGGAAAGGGAAAAACAAGCUGCCUUGGGAAAACGAGCAUGCCGGCUCAGGAAACAAGGCGCCUCUUGUAAAGGGUGUUGAGCAGUUCUCCCCGUCCAAUGAUUUCCUUCAUUCUCCAAAAUUAAGGCCUUCUCAAGGGAUGCCAGUCAGUGAUGAUUUAUUUUUUAGCAGAAAAAGAGCUUCGAGGAAUUUAUUUCAGAAUAGUUUCGAUUUUAACUCUGAGCAUUCUUCCGUUUGUGCUGGUGUUAUUGCCUCUCAGCAGCCACAUAUAUCAGGGAAAAGCGGACAACUUGGAUACUCACAGAUUCAUGGGAAGAGUGGUAGCGUGGAUUCUGAUUUACAGUUUCUAGGAUUAAAUAAUCAUCGGCAAGAUAAAGUUUGUGCCAGCCUAAAUUUUACCAACAAGACCCAGCGAGCUUUUUGCUGCCCUGCAGAGCGUACUUUGUCCUUUUCAGGUUCUAAUGCAAAGCAAGGGACCUUCAUUCUUCCAUCGUAUCCGCUCUCAUCACCCAGAAACAGUCCAAAGCACACAUCCCCUCCUAGUGAUUCUCCAAAGAAGCCUCAAGAGCAUGCCGUUAACUUCUCAAACUCCUGGCCUCUCAAGAGUUUUGAAGGCCUGCCUAAGCCCAGUCCACAAAAGAAGCUUCUCAAUCAAAAGGCAGGAGACAAAGCAGGGGAAACUUUGCAGGAAAAACCUUCUCCAAUACAGCUGAAGCCAGCCUUAGUAAGAUCACCAGCUUCACGGAGAGGCCUGAAUGGGACUAAACCUGUGCCCCCAAUCCCUAGGGGGACAAGCCCAUUGCCUGAUAAAGCUGAGUUAAACACCACAGAACAGAAAAACGAAGAGACUGAGAGUAUUUGGAUGAGUGGAAAUGAUGAGAAACCUACAGUUGAUCUCUCAGAAUUAAGUGUCAGCGAUAAGGAAUUGGACCAGGAAGAGAUGCAGAGCUCUCUUCGGUCUCUACGCAAUAGUGCGGCUAAGAAGAGGGCAAAGCUAAGUGGCAGCACUUCAGAUCUGGAGAGCCCUGAUUCUGCCCUUAAACUUGAUAUGUCUGUCGACUCCCCUUCGCGCUCUUCCUCUCCAAAUGUGAGCUACAGUGAAAGUGGUGUUUACAGCCAGGAAUCCCUGACCUCGCCUGUGUACAUAACCCCUCAGGGAAAGAGGAUUACGUCAGACAUCUUUCCUCUACUUGGCAGCAAAUCGCGACCAGCAAGGCUGUCUUCAGCGAGAAAUAGAUGCACUAACAUAAGAGAACAAAGCCCCCCCAGUGCAGGGAUAACAUCUCAGGAUAAAGGAACUUCUAAUGUGAGCAUAAUUGGCCAGCGUUUGAACUAUGGAAAUGGAUCUGGUGAAAAUGAAGAUGAUAAGCGGAGAGAAGUAUCACCCAGUGUUUUCAAAGGUCAGAACAAAGACCACCAAAGACAUUGUAAACCUACAAAAGUAUUUACAGGGUCAACAUCUAGUUUGCAGCAAGCUAACAACCUAGACCUCAUUUCAUCGAGUGGCCUAUCUGAAGAUUCAGUAGUAGUUGUUGGAAAAGGUGUCUUUGGAAGCCCCACCUCUGCGCCACUAACGUACAGCCAAUCCCUGAUAUCGUGCGUGGAGAACAGUGAUGUCCACUCUCUCAAGCAAGGCAUUGAGCCACCGUCAGGGAUCUAUGGCAGAGCCGUCCAGCAGAGCAGCACGCCUUAUCUUGAUAUUGAAAAUGAAAAAGAUGUCAAAGUUGCUAUGUCAAAGUCUGCCCGGGACAAGAUGAGGCAGAAGAAAAAAGAAGAAAAAGAACAGAACCAUAGAGAGCAUCAGGAAAUGAAAGAACUUGAGGAAAAGGAACAAAAUCCUUGGGAGCAACUUAAACACAGUGGACCGGAGAAAAUGGCAUCAGAAAAUGUAAGUUGUUAUGGAGAUGUGUUAAUGACAUCAAGAAACGAGUCUUUCUCUUUAGAAAAUAUUGUCUUCAGUCCUUCAUUGAAAAGAACACCUAGUUUAAAGAAGAUGCAGUCUUCCAUCUUGCUAGAUUCAGGUGAAACAUCUUCUGGACCAAAAGGACAGUAUAAGGAUCGGACCCCAUCCGUCACUCACAGUCCAGAAAUAAUGGAUCCAUCAGAGCUGCGGCCCUUUUCAAAACCUGAAGUGGCACUGACAGAAGCUUUGCGACUUUUAGCUGAUGAUGAUUGGGAGAAGAAAAUAGAAGGACUGAACUUUGUUAGAUGUUUAUCUGCCUACCAUGCUGAUGUGCUGACUGUGAAGCUGCAUGAGACGAGCCUAGCUGUGGUCCAGGAGGUGAAGAAUUUGCGUUCAGGUGUUUCCCGGGCUGCCGUCGUCUGUUUAGGGGAUUUGUUCACCUACCUGAAAAGGAGCAUGGAUCAAGAACUCGAUAAUACAGUAAAAGUCCUCUUGCACAAAGCUGGCGAAUCCAACACCUUCAUCAGGGAAGACGUAGAUAAAGCAUUGAAGGCAAUGGUCAAUAAUAUGACUCCAGCACGGGCUCUCUGCUCUCUUAUCAGUGGAGGGCAAAGUCACUUGCACACAGCGGUGAGACGAUGUACAGCCCAACACUUAUCAGAUGUGGUGGAACGAAUGGGACCAGGACGGAUACUCUCGGGAAUUAAGGAUGUUACCGACAGGAUUUUCCCUGCUAUUGCCAAGUUUGCACAGGAUGGCUCACAAGAAACAAGGUACUAUGGUCGAAAGAUGCUGUUCAGUCUGAUGACUCACCCGGAUUUCGACAAAAUGCUUGAAAAGUAUGUGCCGUCCAAGGAUUUGCCUUACAUUAAGGAGUCUGUUAGCAAUCUACGUCAAAAGGGCCUGGGAGAGAUGCCUCUAGAUACACCAUCAGCCAAAGGAAGACGUUCUCAUGCUGGGAGUGUUGGACAUUCUCGGUCAUCAUCUACUUCCAGAGAUGCUCUGAAUGUCACUGAAAGGGAGAUUACAGAAGCCCGUGAAAUUAUAAGAAAACCAAUUCCUCGUAACUCUCUAGAAAGUGCAGAGUAUGUUACGGCCAUAACAGGUUUACUGAAUGCAAAAGAUUUCCGUGAUAGAAUUAAUGGCAUUAAGCAACUGUUUUUGGACACCGAGAACAAUCAAGACCUCAUUGUUGCAAACAUUAUUAAGAUCUUUGAUGCUUUCAAGUCUCGCUUACAUGAUUCCAACAGCAAAGUAAAUCAGGUGGCUCUGGAGACAAUGUACAAGAUGAUUCCUUUGUUGAAAGACAACUUAUCACCUGUUAUCAAUAUGUUAAUUCCAGCCAUUGUAGACAACAACCUGAACUCCAAGAAUCCAGGGAUCUAUGCUGCUGCCACAAACGUCAUCCAGGCUCUUUGUCAACAUUUAGAUAAUUCUUUGCUUCUCCAACCGUUUUGCACAAAGGCCCAGUUUUUGAAUGGAAAAGCUAAACAAGACAUGACCGAAAAGCUUGCUGAUAUCGUUACGGAGUUAUACCCACGGAAACCUCAUGCUGUGGAGCAGAAAGUUUUAGUUGUCCUAUGGCAUGUCUUAGGAAACAUGACAAAUAGUGGCUCUCUGCCUGGAGCUGGAGGAAAUAUGCGGACAGCUACAGCUAAAUUAACAAGAGCGCUUUUUGCACAAAUGGGUCAAAGUCUGUUAAUUCAGGCUGCAUCUCAACCCCCACACAUCAAAAAGAGCUUGGAAGAAUUUCUUGAAAUGGCUACCUAAAAUAAAUAAUGUGUAUGUGUGUGCACGUACGUGUGUAAAUCAGUCAAUCCAUAGACUGAGACAGACUGACAACUGUUUACAUGAACGCAAGUGGAACAAUUCUAAAGUUGCUUUUUCACAGUGCCUGCACUUUGCACGUAGAAAACUAGAAUGGCUGCUUUUUCGACAACCCGUAGAACACAUCGCUGUCCUGUACCAGCACACGUACACCAAAUCAGUAUAACACUCAUGAACUCUCUUCACCGGUGUUGCUUGCAGGUCACAUGGAAGUAUCUAACACGUUUAAAGAGAAGUCAGUCCUGCUCAUUUGCACUCUUUAGAGAUUACAGCACAGCACCCUGUAUGGAAUGUAAUAGAUACAAGAUUUGUAAUGAAUAAUAUACUUUUUAUCAUGUAAUCAUGUUCUGACAUGUUUUUCACUUAGCCUUACUUAUGUAAGUGGGGGGGAAAAAAAAACAAAACUCUUGAGUUGUAUAUGGUACCAAGAACAGGGUUUUGUGUGAUAUUUGUGGAAGAACACGUGUUUCUUAAAUCAGUCCACUUAUAUAAUUGUGCAGUAUUAGCUUGCUAUUGCUGUUGUUACAUGGAUGUAACAUUUGCUUGACAGUUGGGCAUAAUCAUCUGCACACUAUUGUAAAAUUUUAACAGGCUAUAAUAAAGCAUGAUGACCAAAAUUUUUAGGAAACAAAUAAUUUUUACAGAAGUACCCAUUUGUCUUAAAAAGAAUUCCAUGCUUUGAAUAUAACUUCCAUAUUUUUGUGUGAAAACACUAAAUUUUAUUGUUCUGUCCGACACUUAAAAUAGUGUUAUCUCUCAGCCCAGCUGUGUAAUACUCAGCAACGUAGUGCCAGGUCUUCUCUAGCUUUCCUCAGAAUUCCUCAGCUCUAAGUACUGUACUCAUUUUAAAAAGAAAAAAAGAAUAUUAUAACAAUAAAUGGAUUUAUUUCUGUAAAGGUGUGGCAGAU